AUUUGAAAUAAGACUUCGCAAAUUCGUCAUGAAGUAAGACCUUUCGAAAUAGAAAAUAGAACAUAGAUGAUGGCAUGAUGGCACUGAAAUCAAAUGCUCCAACACGAGCAUUUAUUCAACAAGUUUUAGUUAAGGAAUGGCUAGAAAGUUGCCACAAGGGGGAAUUGCUGUCUGCUUUAAAGCAGCAUUGGAAAUGUUAUGUGCUGGUUGUGUUGGGUCAUGGUUAUGACCCUGCCAAGGAAGACCGCUUGGCAGAAAAGUUCCUGUUUCGGCCAAUGGAAUAUUUCCUUUGUAAUGGUGAUCCCGAGGUCAAGUUUAAGGAACUCAAGGAAAAAGACUGCCCAGCUCAGCUCUGUGGCAAAGUGUUUAAGUAUGGCGAGCCCACAUACUCAUGCAGGGAUUGUGCCAAUGACCCAACAUGUGUCCUGUGCAUAGACUGUUUCCAAAAAAGUGCUCACAAGAAACACAGAUACAAGAUGAGUACGUCUGGAGGAGGAGGGUACUGUGACUGUGGUGACAGCGAGGCCUGGAAGACCUCACCCUUCUGUAGUAGUCACAAGGCUAAACAAGAGGAUGGCGCUGGAGAGAACCCUAUGGAGAAGCUGCCAGAUGAGCUAACAGACCGUGCCAGUGCCCUUCUCAUGGCUGUGCUACGUUACACGAUGGAGAUGCUGACAUGGGAGCAGUGUGACAACCUGCCUCCGGACCUCCAGCCUGAGGGCGAACUUGAGGACAGCUACAUCACUAUGCUCUUCAACGAUGAAGUUCACACCUAUGAACAGGUGAUCGUCGCUCUGCAGAGGGCCGUGGAUUGUACGCAGAAAGAGGCGGUAGAGUUUGCUACCACAGUGGACAGAGAGGGGAGAAGUAAUGUAAGAAGUGGCAAUUUUUCUUCAUGUGAAAAAGCACGGAAUGUAAUAGAGCAUAACACCUCUCGCCAUGGUAACAAGCCGCUGAAGGUACAGGUGAUGCACACUAUUGUAGUAGCCCACCAGGCUUUUGCCCUGAAGGUCAUCCAGUGGCUGCAGACCAUCAUUGGAAAGUCAGAUGGCUUACGUCACCUGUUCUGUGUACUGAGCAUGCAACCCCAGGAGGAUGGCCAGUCUAUCAUGGAGAAACUCCUUCUGAUUGAUACACAACUGUGGAAGGUGGCGAGAGUGAACAACCACCAGCUCAUUAUGGCAGGUGUGUUGAUGGACCUGGAGUGUAAGAAGCAGUUUGCUAUUCUCUUCACCAAGUGUUACAGACAGUUGAUGCGUGACUUCACGCGGGACGAUCAUGACCACGAUGUGUGUGUUGCCUCCCUCUCUGUGCAAAUCUUUACAGUAACCAGUCUGGCGAGGAUGCUGGUUACAGAACAUAAUCUCCUGGACGUUAUUAUGCAGUCUUUCCUCAAGUGUUGUGAAGAGAAGAAAAAUAAUGAGGGGAAGCUGGCCUUUGACAGAGGUGAUAGGAAUCAAGCUUUUAAGAGAGCCUGCUACAUGUUGUAUGAUAUGAAAUAUGCCCUGACUUGUAAACCAUCUGAUCAUGAGUGGACUGACAAGCUGAGGGAGAAUUUCCUUUUGGGUUUACGAUCAUUCCUGUCUCUCCUCAAAAUGAUGCAGGGUAUGGAUGCCGUCAUCAGACAGACAGGCACACAUCUGGAGUACGAGCCUGAGUGGGAGGGGGCCUUUAACUUACAGCUCAAACAGGAUGAUAUCAUCGCUGAGUUCAUCAGCUGGUGUGGCCAGGAUAAACAAACCCUGAUAGGUGCAUACAAGAUCACCAUGGAGAUUUUGUCACAGUGUAAAGAUAAACCUGCAACAGUGAAACGUGAAUUCAAAUCAGUGGCGGGAUUUAAGGCUAGGUGUGUGCGGUAUGAUGUGGCCAGUCAGCACGUGUCCAUACACCUCCCACUUACACGGUUUAUGGCAGGUCUUUGUUUACAUCUUGAGAAGCAUGGCCUCAACUUAAACUCACCAGAGCUGGCUAUGGAUGUACAUAGUUUGACCCCUGUUGAUCUGAUAGAACCACCCCUUCGAGUAUUGGUGAUGAUAGCUCAGUCUCAAGCUAACAUGUGGCGUCGCAACGGCUACGGACUUCUCAACCAGAUAUUUUUCUACCAUAAUGUGAAAUGUAGGAGAGAGAUGUAUGACAAAGACAUUGUUAUGCUGCAGGUUGGAACCUCUGUGAUAAACAGCAAUGAAUUCCUCAUUCACCUACUCAAUAAGUUUGGCCUGCUGGCCUGGGCCAAUCCGGAGUAUGAUGUGCCAGGGACUCAAGAAGAUAUGAUCAAACAGACGGUGACAUUGGCUGAGGAAUUCCUGAACCUACUCAUCAUUAUCAUAGGUGAGCGCUACGUGGAAGGUAUCGGUGAUGUGACAAGUGAAGACACAGUCCAGCGUGAGAUCGUCCACCAGCUGUGUAUAUCACCAAUGGCCCAUAGUGAGCUCGCCAAGGCUCUCCCAGAGGAUAGUAAUCACGAGACUGGUAUUGAACAGGUCAUCAACCUUGUUUCUACAUUCAAGAAGUCAGCAUCGAGCUCCUCAGGGCGAUUUGAACUGAAGAAAGAGUCCUACAAAGAAUAUAACAAGUACUUCUAUCACUACAGUCGGGCUGAGCAAUCAAAGUCAGAGGAAGCCCAGAUAGAGAGGAAGAAGCAUGAGAAUGAAGGUCAAGCUCUCCCACCUCCAAAUCCACAGAAAUUUAAACAGAACUUUCAGCCAAUCACCAACCUCCUGCAGUGUGACAUGAUGCUGUAUUUGAUGCAUCUGUUGCUGCAGCGGACGGCUGCCAAGAGGUCAAGGUCAUGGUCCGAAGGACAGCUAGACAGGAUCUUACACCUCAUCGGCCUGGCAUUGUUGGAACAGAAGCGAGCUGUCAAUGAAGGAGACCAUUCUUUCGACUUCUUGUCUAAAGCCCUUAGUGAUGACAAGAAUUUAAUGGCUAUAUUGGAAGGUCUGGUCGGUAAUGCCAAUCUGACUCACGAAUCAACCAAGGACCUUCUAACAUGGACACUUAAGCUGUUUUUGGAAGUGCGUAAAUUGAAGAAUGAUCCCGUCAGUAUGGACACGUUGGAUCAAUUGUCUAGUUCUACAAGCCGCAAUCAUGAUGAAACAAAGAAACAAAAGGCCAAGAUGGCUGCGAAACGACGUGCAAAAAUCAUGGCACAGAUGUCAACGAUGCAGAAAAAUUUCAUCAAAGAAAAUGCUGAGUUAUUCCAGAGUGCUGAUUCUGAACUUAGUCGGGCAUCGUCUGAUAUGGACAUCAGUGAUCUUCAGGGUGGCGGGUUCCCUGUGGCCCUCGGUAGAAAGAGGAGUAAGAUGGCCAGCUCUGUCCCCUGUAAAGGCAUGUGUAUUCUGUGCCAGGAGGAACAGGAAAUCCUACACAGCAGUCGUGCAAUGGUCCUGGCAGCAUUCGUACAGAGGUCCACGGUACUAUCACAAUGUCGGAGUAAAAUUCAAUCGAAGGAAGAGGACUGUGAUUACCUAUUUAGUCCCUCUGACCUCAAUACAGGCGCCUACACCAGCUCCUGUGGCCAUGUGAUGCAUUUCGACUGUUGGCAGAGGUUUUUCGAUGCUGUGGUGAUGAGGGAGCGACGGCGGCCUAUACGGUUCCGUUCUAGCCUCAGCUAUAGCAUAGAGCAUAAUGAAUUCCUGUGUCCUCUCUGUGAAAGUAUAAGCAAUACUGUGAUACCUGUUGUUCCUUCUCUUCCUUCCCUAAUCCCAGACAGCAAUAAAGACGAUGUUAACCUGACUUUCAAUGACUGGUUGGACGGUCUACAUAAAUCUGUCCAAAACAGUAGAAAGGAGAUGGAUGACAAAGAGGCCAAAGACAAGAUCGCCUAUAAGUUUGAUCCAUCUCCCUUGAAUGCAAUAACAAAGAUGAUGGCUGAGAGUGUGGCCAACAACUUCAGGCUUCUAUGGCAGUCAUUUCAAAGUGAUGGUACCCUAUUUGCUCAAAGUUUGACUGAUAUGGUGAAGAAGUUUGGCAGAGAUGUCUACUCUUUUGGCUUGAAUGUUGAACCUGACGAUGGAAAUGUGAGAGUACCUUUCAUGGCCUGGUCGACCUGUUCCUUCACUUUACAGUCUAUAGAACAACAGCUGAAGGUGGAGGAGAAACCCCUGUUUGGGUCGCUGUCCUCGCGUCAGUCGGACUGCCUCGCUGCUCUCAUCAAGUUUGCCUGCAUUUUCAGUCAGGUGACCCCCCAGAACCUAGUCAAGCAGCACUGUCUACGUCUCCUGUCGGCUCUAAUGCCGGAGACUCAUCGGAUAAGAAAGGAUAUCCAGAGUAUAUUGGACAUUGACAUGUUCGGCUACCUUCUAACCUUGACUGUGAGCCUGCCAUCACUACAUGCGGAGAGUCAGACUCCCUCUAUGGGUACUAUACCUACCGGAGGGCUCGGGGAUCAUCACUCCCUUCAGCUAGUUCUCACCGCUCAUAUUGUCCAGAUAAUGCUUACCUGUGAUAUACCCUCUCAAGGGAUGAUGGAGUUAGAAGCUGACAGUGAAGGGGAAGCCUUACUCAGGAUCUACACUCUUAUCAGGAAGGAGGCAAAGAUGGAAGGUGAGAACCCACCUCAGCCAUGGCAGCUGAGCCAGUACCUAAGGAAAGCAUGUCUACCAUUCCUUCGGUGUGCAGCCCUACUGUACAGGCAGAUCACAGAGGUACCAGCCCCCCGCAGUCUUCAAGAGUUGAAUGAUGACGAGUUUGAGCCUCUAUGUCGUUAUCUGGCUCUCCCCCUCCAGCUUUCUACGCUGUUUGAAAAUCAGGGCGACGUCAUUGACAAUCUCAUCAAACAGUGGUGCCACAAUGACAAUAUUGGCAGUCAGAUGAUGACAGCGAGUAGUGAGAAAAUUAUAUGUUACCCACGAAAAGUCAACCGGCUUGUCACUUUACCAGAGGAUUACAGUGAACUCAUCAACGAGGUCUCGUCCUUCACCUGUCCCAAAUCUGAUGGUGAUGAGAGUCGAGCCCCUACAAUGUGUCUGGUGUGUGGUAAGAUGCUGUGUUCUCAGAGUUACUGCUGUCAGGCCGAUGUAGACGGAACCACAUGUGGUGCCGCCACGGAGCACACCAUUUGCUGUGGUGCUGGUAUUGGAAUAUUUCUUAGAGUACGAGAGUGUCAGAUACUACUUCUAGCAGGCAAAUCUAAAGGUUGUUUUGUACCACCUCCCUACCUGGACGUUUAUGGUGAAACAGAUCAGGGACUCAGGCGCGGGAAUCCUCUGACGCUCUGUCAGACGAGUUACAAGGCGCUGGAGAAAUUGUGGUUCACCCACUCCAUCCCACAGACUAUAGCUCACAAUCUGGAGUCGCACAGCAACCUCCUCACCAUCGACUGGCAGCAUCUAUGACGGCUGUGAUUUAUCUAAUCUUCUCCAAUAUACUUCUGCUCAGGAUUCUAUUGUUAAGCUACAGCUGAAAACCUGUGAUCGACUUAGUAUAUUGGUUAGUUGAACUCCGCAACUGAUGUGGAAAAUCAGAGACCCAUUCUCUAGGGUUGAUUUCUCUCCAAUGUACCGCUCAGGAUUGUACCAGUGAUCUGCCACUGUGAUUUACUUAGUCUAUAAGUUAUACUAAGUAUGGGAUUUCUGAGAUCCAGUACACUCUAGGGAUGUUUGGCCGAUUCCUGCAGUUCCCAAAUUUAUUAACAACUUAUAUCAGAUUCUUUAUUAUCAGAAUGUCUGCCCAUUGAUAUUUUGCUGGUAAUUUCUACCUCUAUUUAAUGAGACAGUUUUGCACUACCCAGUAUCAUCAUAAGGUGAUCGCAGAUAGCUGGUAGAUGGUCAGUGCAUUUUAUGCAUAUUAUUUACGCUGUGAUCUAUACCUGCCCUGGUGGGUAAAUAUGCAUUAAUGACUGUAAUAUGUCUCAUGAAAUCGUAAGAGAUUUGAUAAGAUAAGUGCUAUGUACUUUUUGUUUAAUGUUUUACUUUUAACUUUUUUUGAAAAUAUACCACAAUUUAUAUCAGAAUAUAUACUGUGACUUGUUAUAUAAGUUAAGUCUAAACAGUUAUUAUGACAGGAAUUAACAGAAGGCAUUGGUUUUAUAUCUUCUGAAUAUUUAUUAUGACAGGAAUUUAGCAGAAGGCAUUUUCAUACCUACUCAUAUAACAGAAGGCAUUGGCUUUAUAUCUUCUGAACAUUUAUUAUGACAGGAAUUUAGCAGAAGGCAUUGUUUUCAUAUCUACUCUUCCUUGUUCUUGAAUUGGAAUAACACACAAAGCAUAAUACAUGUAUAUGUUCUUAACUGUUUAACAGUGUUUAAUACCAUAGAAAAUGGGUAUACUAAACACCCAAUGGUACAAUGAUACACUUUAACACAGGUAGUCAGUGUUAGGAUGUUAGGAGAAAUGAUAUGUGGAGUUUUUCUGUUAUUUAACUCAAGUACCGGUAUUGGAAAAUUAUCACAGUAACUGUCCUUAUAACUUCUAAUUUAAGUUGUUUCCCAUGGAACAGUGCUUACGGGCAGUGUACAGCCAGGGAACGAUAGCUGUAACACAGACAGUAGAGGGACAGUUCAAGGGAAUGCGAGAAUAGGUUUAUAUGGAUGGACUGGGAGUUUCGAAACAUGUGCUGGAUUUACAAUAGGCAUCAGACAGAUACGUUUUAACGGGGAAUGACGGACAGAGAGCUUUUAUACAGACAACAUGCCAUCAGAUACAUUAAGUAAGCAUGUACACCCAGGGGUAGAAUAUGGUACUGCUAGGCAUGAGUACUCUGAUCGUGUAGAAUUUAAAUGCACUCUAAUAUUCUAUAUUGCACGACUUAGAAAUCGUCUUUCAACACUAGUGUGGUUGGAGUAUAUUAUAUUGAAACAAAAUAUUGAUAAUGAUUUAAGUUGUAUUCAUGCAUUGUUAUCAUGAAACGCCAUCUUAUUUACUCAUAUCUUUACUUUAUAGUAGAGCACUGUACUGUUUCCGUUCAAAUGUUAAUACACAUAUUUAAUAAAUUAAUGCUAAUAUAUGGAAUAUGUUUUGAUACGGAGUCAUGUAAAUUAUGAGUACUGUAUUUGAAGGAUUAAUGUUUUUGUGUGAAUGCCAGCAUCUUAAUUUUUCUGCGAGGAGCUCAAACCCUGGAAUGUUGCAUCUCAUUUUUGCCCGAGUUUGCUGCUAAGAUUGUCAAAGACACAGUUACUCAAGAUGUGUGUGUUAUGCGCUGGUACUGUGAGGUUUUGACAUCACUCAGGAAUCGUAUUUAUUUGGCUUGGUUCUAUGGUAGGUUUGGCCUCAAAGUAACUAGAUUUGUUAUUUCUCAAAGACACAAUUUCUCCGGAUGCGAGUGUGCCGCUCUUGAUAUUUUCAUUUUUCAUUUUUCUACAAUCACCUGUAAUAUUAAGACACAAUCACUUGAGAUGUGUAUGUAUUUUUAGUGCUUGAUUUUCUGACCAUAGUGAAGUAUUUGAGUUACCUCCCCUUGUACAGAACACGGUCAUAUAUGUUGGAUUUCAACAUGUUGAUCAGUUUGACAUCAUAAAACUUCAGUGUUUGAUUUCAUACAUAUGGACACAUAAAAUCUGUUGGCCUUUGAGACACUAGAGCACCCCUUCAAAACAUCCUUCAGCUGUUUGGCAAAAUGACAUAAAAAUCAGAGUAGAGGAUUAUAUUCUCAGAAAAAUUAGUGCUCUUCAAAACCCUAUAUUUCCAGUUAAUCUCAGAUGGAGUUUUCCAGAUUUGGAGAAUUGUAUUUUCUGGAAGGAAAGAUAGGGGUAAUUCAGUGAUUAAAUCAUGGAAAGGAGGGCUGGCAUUGACUCCAGUUUUAACUUUCCAGUAAAUAAUAUCCUGUUACGACAUAGUGCUGUUCUCCACUUGUUUUCUCAAAGUGGAUUGUAUAUUUAUGUGCCAAAUUGAAAGAAAAAUAAUUUAUAGCAUCGAAGUACACUUGGUUCAAGUUACCAAGGAUAAUGUCACUUCUUGGUUUUAUUUUAAUUGACUUUUAAUCAUAAUGUUCAGUGAGUCUAUUGUAACAUGAUAGUAUUAAUAGGAAAAUAUCACCUCAGUAUAUACUCAUCCUUAACAAGCCGUCUUAUGACAUGUAGGACUAGAAGUAGGUACAUCCAGAUUUGUUUGUGAUUGUACAUCUUAUGAGAUUAUCAAGCUUGAAUUAUAAACAUGCUUUAAUUAAUUAGUAAUUAAUUAGUACACCUACAGGGCUUUUUUGUAUCGAUGAUUUACCUGCACUGAGAUCUGGAUUUGGUUCAUUUAAACAUAUGUACACUGUUUUAAUAACUAAUUAAUUACCAUCAGCACAUUAAUAUAUAUAUAUAUUUUGCUGUUAACUAUUCUACUGAUAAAAGGGAUUGAAAAGCACACACUUUGUUAUUGUAUCAAAUUUUACAGCCGAGAAAUGUUGCACAUUGUUAAAGAUAUUCUGUUUUGUUUUAAUUAUGCUUUGAAGGCAUAUCUGCAUUAAAAUACAAGAUAAUGUUCCUGUCUAACUUUGACACAGGGUUGAUUCAUUUGAUCACAUACCCUGAUGUCUCGCAGUUUGAAUUAGAAGUGGGAUUAGGCAUCCCAUUGUGUGCGAUUUACCUGCCAACUCUGCCAGUAGGACCUUAGUGUGUUACUUCUAGGAUUGAACUACAUAUGUUAAGAUUUGUUUACUUAUAAAAGCCUACUAUUAUUAUAAUUAUAUGUGAAUAUGGUGUUGUAGGAUACAUGUAAAUAUUAAACUAUGCCUUUUAAUGGCUUAAUC